CUGAAGUCCAUAUCAUAAGCUAACAACACUUUAUUAACUUACCAUAUCAACCAGUUGGUCAUACUAUCUCUCAAUAACCUUUUGCUUAAAGGAAAGAAAACUCAUACAAAUAAUUUUCAUUUAAGAAGAGGGAAAACUUUUUUUUAUUUGUGUGCUGCUAAAAUGGUUUAGGCGGGUAACUCAACGAGCAUCACCAAAAUUAAACUCAAACCAAAUUGACAACCACCACCACCACCAUCACCACGUUAAUCAUAAACAAAUCAUACCUACAACAAUCAUUACUGUAUAGAGGUAUAAACUUCAAUUGUCAUAUUUGGAAAAAGCAUGUUUGGUGUAGUUUGUUCGGGAAGACCAAUUGAAUUGGCUAAUCAAGUUGAAUCAAAUAAAUAUGUUGCUACUAUAGCGAAUGCAUCACAUAUAUCAUUUAUUACAGUAUUCUUAUUACCCAAUUCAAAUUUCACUGAUACCAAUUAUACUGCCUUGAUUUAUUUCCAAUUACCUAAUUCUCAAGAGUUUAAAUUAUUAGGAGGAUUGAAUCCCUUAAAACCAUCAGCCAUUUAUAAAAUUAAUAACAAUAGUAAGAAGAAUGAUUUGGAAGAUACUGAUAUGACUAUUGAUGAUUCAUCAAUUGCCAUCAAUGCUAAUGAUUCCGUUAGUAUUAAUAUUGGGAUUUCAAUUGAAACCACUCAACAGGCUGAGAUCUUAUUAAGACAAGAGAGUGAAAAGAAUAAAUUAGCUCAGAAUAAUAGUAAUAAUGGUAAUAGUCAAGCAUUAGUAACCACAAAAUCAACUACUAAUUUAGGACCAAAUGAUACAGCUGUCUUGGCUAAUAAAAUUGUGGGACAUGCAUAUAACUUUCUUGCUAGUUUCAUUGAUGAUUCAGGAAAGGUUCCUAUUAAAGCAUUUGAUAAUUGGUGGGAUAAAUUUAAAGCAAAAUUAUCUAAUAAUCCUAAAUUUUUAGAUGAAUUACAAGAAUAGUAAAAGUAUGUGCGUGUGUAUAUACAAAUCAAAAUCAAAUGUACUUUACUCGCUUUAAACAUAAUCAAACCCCGUAUGUACGCUCAAUAAUAAAAGUUAUUAAUCAUUAGUUCUAAGCAUAGGUUAUAACUGAUAUAUGAAAAUCCCCAUUUUAAAAUUUGCAACCACCUGAUAAAAUUAUGAUCUGAUAAAGUUGACUCAAAAUAAAUUUUACUAGUUAUAUCAGAUAGAGCACGGGAUAUUAGGUGAUUGAUUGAUGGUUUUAUUUGUUGUAUAGAGAGGUUAAGCUUUCCCAUACAAACCAUCCUUUCUUUCUUUUUUGAUUUGAAACAUGAAUGGCGAUUUCGACAUAUGAUAAUUAUUAUAUUUGCUUCCAUUAAUGAUGACGGUCAUGAUUAAUAAUUGUCUCAUUAAGAGCACUUACCGGAAGUUAAAGUCCAGUCACGUGUCGAUUUCUAAGC